AUGGAAAAGAUAAAAACAGUCACACCCCUUAUAGUUGGAUCAUAUGGACUAACAUUAAGUUGCUAUUUAAUGUACGAGAAUCGAACGAAAAAAAAAUGGGCAAAAAUAAAUGGGAGUGUUGAUCAUGUUACAUUAAAAUAUUCAAAACAUUUUCAAGGUGGAUCAUUCCACUUAAAUAUAAAAUAUUUCUUUUUCAUAAAUAAUGAAAGGAUUGAAAAUGAUAAAGAAUAUAAAAUAUACAUGGAUUUAUUUAAAACCCCCAAAGGUGAUCAAAAUAUAGAAACAAAUAUCUAUACAAAAAAUAUUUUUGAUCAAGUAUCAAGAGAAAAGGAUAUUUGCAUUCUGUAUAAUCCACAAAAUUAUAAUCAAUCAGAACCCUUAAUAUAUAUUUAUAAUAAUGAGAUCUUAGAAGAAUACAAGUUAAUUAAUAAAUUAAAAAAGAGAAUCUGUAAAAUACAAAAUAUGUUAUAUAGUUAUAUCGAUAUUAGAAAAAUUACAGCAAACUUAUCCCUUUUUAAUAAAAUCGGAACAGAUAAGAACAAAUGUGUAGAAGAUGCCCAUAAGGAGAAGGACCCUAGCGGCAAUCAUAGUGAUAUUGGAAAUAAUAAUAAGCUUUUAAAAGAUAAUAAAAAAUUAAUAAAUGCAUACGACAUAAAUAGUUUAUUUCCUAUUUAUAUGUUCUCAUGCAGUAUGUUUUUAUGUUUGUCUUUUUUUUUGAAGAAAAGAAUUCAUACAGUGAGAAAUGAAUUGUUACAAAAAAAAAUUUUAAAAUAA